AUGACUGAAUGGUCAACAAAAGGAAUUCCUAUUGUUGGUGCCGACAUGAAAUUCGGAUACGAUGAAUUCCAUUUAGGCUCCCCGUUUGGCUUAUUUGUUGAUGGUGAACGCGGCAAUAUUUAUGUUGCUGAUACUCACAAUCAUCGAGUUCAGAAGUUCAAUCUCAAAGCUAUUGGCAGUGCUGGAAUCACUGUCGCUGGUGGCAAUCGUGCGGGUAAUGGCACAAAUCAAUUAAAUAUGCCUUGGGUUGUUUAUGUCGAUAAAAAUGAAAAUGUAUACGUAGGAGAUACUGACAAUUCUCGUAUUCAAAUGUGGGCAAAAGGUGCGACUAGUGGUGUUACAGUGGCUGGGGGAAAUGGCAAAGGCACAGGUCUUAAUCAGAUAGGUGCUUGUCAGGGUCUUUUCGUUCAUGAAGAAACAAACGCAUUGUUCAUAUCGGAUUUUUACAAUGAUCGUAUUGUCAAAUGGAUUCCUGAGAAAGGUGAAGGUGUGAUCGUAGCAGGCACUGGUAUUAGUGGGUCCAAGGCAGAUCAAAUAAGUGGACCGCGUGGGAUUUUUAUUGAUCAAUGUGAAACAAUCUACAUCGCCGAUUUAUGGAAUAACCGAAUACAAAAAUGGAAGAAAGGUGCAACUGAAGGUUUUACUGUUGCUGGAGGUAAUGGAAAAGGCUCAGAUGCUAAUCAACUUAGUGAUCCUUGGGAUGUCGAAGUCGAUCAGUAUGGUAAUGUUUACGUAGCCGAUACUAGCAAUAAUCGAAUCAUGAAAUGGGCUCCAGAUGCGUCUAGUGGUGUAGUAAUAGCCGAUGGAAAAGAAUGGAUGACUGAUUCUGGAAAAUUCAGCGAGGUUCAUAGUAUAGGAUUGGACAAGGAAGGAAAUUUGUUUGUAAGCGAGAGAUUAAAUGAUCGACUUCAAAAAUUCAACAUAAUGCCAGAAACGAAUAGUUGUUGA